GAGCGCUUCGGCCCCGCAGGUCUCGCUCGCGCCCCGCAGGCUCCUCCCUGGCCGGCCGCCCAGUGUGCAGAGCAGAGCAAGCUAGAAGCUCCACCGCCGGUCGGCCCCGCCCGAGACACUGCGAUCCAGGCCAGGCGGCUGCUGGGGGGCCAGGUGCUGUGCUCACUCCUGCCUGGGCACUUCAGCCGGAGCACCUGCGGGAACAUGGUGCAGAAGUACCAGUCCCCUGUCCGCAUCUACAAGUACCCGUUCGAGCUGGUCAUGGCGGCCUACGAGAGGCGGUUCCCCACCUGCCCGCAGAUCCCGGUCUUUCUGGGCAGCGAGGUACUGCACGAAUCCCGCAGCGCGGACGGAGCUGUGCACGUGGUGGAGCGGAGCUGCCGGCUGCGUGUGGAGGCCCCGCGGCUGCUGCGCAAGAUUGCUGGUGUGGAGCACGUGGUGUUUGUGCAGAGAAACGUGCUGAACUGGAGGGAGCGGACGCUGCUAAUCGAAGCCCACAAUGAGACCUUCGCCAGCCGCGUGGUGGUCAAGGAGAACUGCAGCUACUCGGUCCACCCUGAGAAUGAAGACUGGACAUGCUUUGAGCAGUCCGCCUCGCUCGAUGUCCGGUCCUUCUUUGGCUUUGAAAAUGCCCUGGAGAAGAUAGCCAUGAAGCAGUACACAGCCAACAUCAAGAGGGGGAAGGAAGUGAUCGAGCAUUACCUGAGCGAACUCCUCUCCCAGGGCAUCUCGCACAUGCCCCGCUGGACGCCCAGCCCGGCCUGCAAGGAGGGUGCCCGUUCCCUGACUGAGCCCGGGGCCCACGGUGCCCCGGAUGCUAUGGGGCACAGCAGCAACCCCGGCCCUGUGCCAGAGGCCAUCCUCGGCCCCGAUGACAAGCUGGAUGCAGAGUACAUCGAGAGGUGCCUGGGCCAUCUCACACCCCUGCAGGAGAGCUGCUUGGUACAGCUGCGUCUCUGGCUGCAGGAGACCCACAAGGGAAAGAUUCCCAAGGACGAGCAUAUCCUGCGUUUCCUGCGUGCCCGUGACUUCCACCUGGACAAGGCCCGGGCAAUGCUGUGCCAGUCCCUCAGCUGGCGGCGCCAGCACCAGGUGGACCUCCUUCUGCAGACCUGGCGGCCCCCGGCCUUGCUGGAGGAGUUCUACGCGGGCGGCUGGCACUACCAGGACACAGAUGGCCGCCCCCUCUACAUCCUGCGUCUGGGUCACAUGGACACCAAAGGCUUGAUGAAGGCCGUUGGGGAGGAAGCUUUGCUGCAGCACGUUCUUUCUGUCAAUGAAGAAGGACAGAAGAGGUGUGAGGGGAACACCAAGCAGUUUGGCCGACCCAUCAGCUCCUGGACCUGCCUGGUGGACCUGGAGGGUCUCAACAUGCGGCACUUGUGGCGGCCGGGCGUGAAGGCGCUGCUGCGCAUGAUCGAGGUGGUGGAGGACAACUACCCCGAGACCCUAGGCCGGCUUCUCAUCGUGCGCGCCCCCCGGGUCUUCCCGGUGCUCUGGACGCUGGUCAGCCCCUUCAUCAAUGAGAACACCCGGCAGAAGUUCCUCAUCUACAGUGGCAGCAACUACCAGGGCCCCGGGGGCCUCGUGGACUAUCUGGACAGAGACGUGAUCCCCGACUUCCUUGGGGGUGACUGUGUGUGCAAUGUCCCUGACGGAGGACUGGUCCCCAAGUCCCUAUACCUGACGGAGGAGGAACAGGAGCACGCAGACCAGCUGCGGCAGUGGAGGGAGACUUACCAGGCUGCCAGCGUGUUCCGAGGGGCCCCCCAUGAGGUGGCCGUGGAGAUUCUGGAGGCUGAAUCGGUGAUCACCUGGGACUUUGACAUCCUCAGAGGGGACGUGGUAUUCAGUCUGUACCACACCAAGCAGGCACCGGGACCAGGGCCCCUGGAGCCCACGGAUAGAGACCGUGUCCCAGGUGCCAGCUGCAGCCUCGUGGAGUCUCCGCUGGUGUGCCGGGAAGGGGAAAGUAUCCAGGGCUCCCACGUGACCCGCUGGCCCGGUGUCUACCUGCUGCAGUGGCGCAUGCGUGGCCCCGACAGUGUGGCCUGCAGCCUUCAGGGCUCAGAGGACGUCCUCCCGGCCCUGCACAGCCCUGGGCCGCGCUGCAAGCUGCUCUAUUACUACGAGGUGCUGGCUUCAGAGGACUUCAGGGGCUCCAUGUCGAGCCUGGAGUCCUGUACCAGCGGAUUCUCCCAGCUCAGCGCCACCACCUCCUCCACCUCCUCCGGCCAGUCCCACAGCAGCUCCUUGGUGUCCAGAUAGCCGCCGGCCGAGCCCAUCUGCAGGUGUCCUGAACCACAGCCAGCUUGCUAUGGGCACUAGGGCCACGUGAGCUGUGGCCUGGUCUGGACACUGCUGCCCAAGCCGGGUGCCGGACGCUUUGAAGUCACAGGGACAGAACCAUCUCUGGGCUUCCUAGCAGGAAGUCAAGGGUGGGCAGACGCCUUGAAGGCUCAGGGAUCUCAUCAGACUUAGAGACCCCUCCUCUCUGGUUUUGCCUUCCCACCCCUUGGGUGCCUUCCCCACCCAGAGGGGACCCUGUCACCCCAUCAGGGGACUCCUUCCCCAACUCAGCUGCAGAAGAGAACCCUUCCCUCCCCAUAAUAUUCUGUCUUGAGUCCCACGGGAUUGUGUCCCACAAUCAACCGUGAGCUGAUCACGGUUUCCGGGGGAGGUGAGGGGUGGGUGGUGGGUGGGAUGGACACCGAUGGGUCGGCAGGGACCUGUGUCCAGUCCAGACCGAUCACUGUGCAGGGUGAGGAUGCAGGGACUGGCCAGCCUGGGUCAAGUGCUUGUUCCUGGUACCCAUCACCUAGUUUAAGGGCUCAAGUGGAGAGCCUUCAGGAAUAUGCCUCCCCCCUCAAAAAAGGAAGAAGCAUGCUGGGUAGGCAGAAGUGAGGGAUGUUCAUCAUUGCAUCUGAUUACACAGAAGGGUGAAGGGAACGGCUAGCUGCUAGCUCCCCUUCCUGUGGGGAGCAGCCUGUUGGGCAUGCAGUCCACUUUCCCCUGCUCUUGGAACAUGGCUGAGUUUCUGCGAGUGGGAGCACCCAGGGUUUCUGCUAUAUUCCAGGCAGUGAGGAAGCAGUUCUGGCUUGUAUAGAUUCUCUCUGAAACCCGUUAUCACCUGAGGACUGUUUAACGGUGACCUUUUGCGGUUAUAAGUAACACAACCCACACAAAAGGGCAGCUAUUCGUGUGUGUGUGUGUGUGUGUGUGUGUGUGUGUGUGUGUGUACAGCCAGUCCGGGAGAUUUGCUUCAGGUAAGGCUGGAUCUAGGUACUUGGUACUGCUUCAGGAUGCCUCUGGGGGGUGUCCUGGGGCAAACCUGACCUCCUAAGCCAGCACCACUGCUGACCCAUUUAACUUUUCAAGGGGAGACUAACAUCUCCUAGGAGCCUGAGGACUUUCUCAUUCCCUUCCCUGGGUCCAGGUAAAGGUUAUGGGCCCCUCGUCAAGGCAGCCUGCAGUCUGAUGUCAUUGGCUUUUUGGUGUUUGCUUGUAGAGGGACUUAAAAAUUGGGGCAUUUCAUACAGAAUUUGGGGUUUCUGGUUCCCUUGAGGCACUUGGGAGGGUCAGCAGAACUGGGCCAGCUUUAACCCUGAGUGGGACCACCUGGUGGCCACCCCUCUCUGUCAUCUGCACCUCCCCUAGUUUAUCUGCCCAGUGGGAUCCCUGUGGGGUCUCAGUCUGCAGCCUGGGGUGUCAGGUCAGGCUUGCUGUCUUUGCUGGCUGACCCCUGUGUUGCCAGAGGUGGGAGGAGGGUUUGCUGGUGGCAGUAACUGCAGGAAGGUACCUGGUGGACUGACGCUCAGGGCCGAGUCUGCAGGAGGGGAAGGAGCCACCUGUCCAGGGACACCUGCUCCUGCAUCCUCUCCUGCUGGCUCAGGAGAAGCUGAGGCCUGAGAGCAGCUGGAGGGCUGGGCAGUGCUCAUCAACAAGCCACUCCUAGAAAGUAUUAGUGAUUUACAAAAUUAUAGUAGAUGUAUAAUUCCACAAUUCCCACUAUCGGAGCUUUGUGUCCAUCCCCCCUCCAGCAGAAAUUAACUAGUUCUCCCAAGGUCACAGAUACAGGUCGACUAUAUGCCUAAUCUAUCUCUCCCCCCAUUUUUAUUCACCCCUAUAGCCCUGCCUUC